AUGUCCUCCAAACAAUCCAAACCAAAGCAAGCAUGCGACAACUGUCGCCGUCGCAAAAUAAAAUGUUCUCGGGAACUACCAUGCGAUAAAUGUCAACGGCUACUUCUCUCCUGUUCAUACAGCGACGUUCUCCGUCGCAAGGGGCCCAAAUUCCGCACUCUAUAUCCCCUAGCCCCGAUCCAUCCUCUCUCAUCCCGACUCGACCCUUCUGAGAAUCUAUAUUCCGAGGAUGGUAGCACCGGCGAGAUUCCGGAUUACCAAUUCAACUCGCCCAUCUCGCCCGGGUUCAUAAUUACAGACUCGCAGUUCUCAGGCCAGGACUUCUCGGAUACUUUUUCCCACCUGCCGCCUCCAGAACUUGUCUCGUCCCCGGGCUCCACCGACUCAAAUGUGGAAUCCGCCAUUGGCUAUGGCUAUGGAUAUGCGAGACCGGCUGCCCGCCGUCUCUCACCUCAGAUUCUGCUCGUCCAUGUCAAUAUCUACCUCAAGUACUUAUUCCCGAUUAUGCCGGUGGUCCGAGGGGAGCAGCUCCGGCUGGAUUGCAACCAGCCCGGGCAGUUGUCUGCGCAGCGGUAUGCCUUUUUGGCAUCGUUGUGUGCGGCUACGCAUAUCCAGUUGAAACUGGAUGGACCGACGCCAGCCUCAGAUCCUGCGCGUUUGCAGAGUAUGAGUAUUGGGGAUGGACAAUCAUUGAUGUCUGGGGAAGAGCUUCUUGCGGAGGCCGUGCGGGCGCGGCGCGAUUGUGAUGUUUUGGAUGAACUUACUACCGAGUCUCUUCUGACUUCGUUCUUUUUGUUUGCCUCGUAUGGGAAUCUUGAUCGUCAGGACCAGGCUUGGUUCUUUUUGUGCCAGGCUACUUCGUUUGCGUUUACACUUGGUUUGCAUCGCGAGUCGACGUAUGCAGAGUAUGAAGUUGAAGAAGCCGAGGAAAGACGACGUGUGUUCUGGCUUUUGUUCAUUACAGAAAGAGGUUAUGCUCUCCAGCAAGCGAAGCCGGUUAUGCUGCGCAGCUCUAUCCACAAGCCUCAGGUCCUUUGCUCGGAAGAUCCUAUACUGGCUUAUGGAUUCAUCAACCUGAUCAACAUCUUUGAGAAUCUCACCCCGAACCUUUAUGAUUGGAUCUCGGCCGGUGGCGGAGAUGGCAUCUUGGAGAGGCCGCCAACCUCCGCCAUCCAAUCCAACCUGUGCAAGGCUAUUUCCCUAGAGGGAGUCCUUGAGAUACAGCAGGUUGAUAUCUUGAUCACGCAACAGUGGCUGCAAACGAUGAUGUGGAAACUGUCUAUGAGCCAUGCCACACAGCCUUCGCGCGAUGACGCAGUUUUGCCAUUCCACCUACCAGUGAUCGUGGGUAAAUCUGUGAUGAGCGUGAUUGGUGCCGCAUCGCAGGGUGCUGUUGAUGCACACGGAAUUGGAAUGGAGCAAAAACUCUUUGAUCUAGGAUCCUCUAUCGCCGAUGUGACGAGGUCGCUUGGACCAAAGGCCGUCCAUAGGCUGGCCGAGUCGACUAUUGAUCCAAACGAGUUGCUGUGGGGUAUACUUCACACGCUUUCUCAAAUACGUGGCUCGCCCUCGUACCUCUUCCCUACAUUGCUGGAUCGUUGCAGAAACGUGCUUGGACUCGACUGCAACAUCACCACGGGGAAUUUCCUUCCUAUACUCGGCGCCGCUGUGCCGGACCAGCUGGCUUCAUGGUCUGGGCAGCAUGUCUGGGAUUACGCUGGUAGCUCUGAGGAUAUUGACAUCCAUGAUGUCGAUGGCCAGGCCAAGUCAGUUCCUCAUGCACAUGUUCCGCAGGAAAUGGGUUUCGAUAAUUGUCUGUUGCGAUGA